AUGUCAUUAGAAUCAACAAAAGUACGAUAUGAAAGAUUAAAAUUAGUAGCUAAUAAAGCAUUAGAUCAACUGAUUAAUGAAUCAUUAACUAAUCAGAAUAUUAUACUAUGUUUUCCAAAUUUAUCAACUACUAACUUAGAUGUUUUAUUAUCAAUUGUAUCUCAAUUACAAUCAUUUUGGUUAAAUACUUCAUUAGAUGAGUUUGAAUUAAUUUAUAAAGAAAAAUUAAUACAAGAGAAAUUAAAUGAAUUAGAUGAAAUCAUAUAUGAUGCUCAAUUUAGGAGAAAUGAUCCAAAUGAAAAACCAGAUUUUGUAGACGAAUUAACACCAUUGGAAAUUAUAGAUUCAAAUAUAAUGAGUGAUUCUACAGAUAUUUUAAAUAAUCUUCGACUGAUUCAUGAACGAUUACAAUUGGAAAAUAAAGAUUUAACUGAAGAAUUAAAAGACCUAGUGUCUCUAUCUAAUGACAAGAAACAAUCCAUAGUUUCAAAUAUUGAACAAUUACAAAAAGACGUUAAAUUAAUUGACUCAACUGAUUUACAAAUUGAUAGACUUUUAAAUUUAUUAAAUGAAUAA